CCUUUAUCUUCCCUCCCUUUUCUGCCCUCUCUCUCUCUCUCUCUUUAAAUUCCCAACUUUUUCCAUUCUGUCUCUCAUAUAUCUUUUCAAAUCUGCAGUUGUUUUCCCAUAUAAUUCACAUUAAAAAUCCAUUUGGACAUGUCGAUCUAUCCCUUCGGACAGUUCUCAAUUAAAAUGGAUACAUCAGUUUCCAAGUUCCUCUCCAUAUUCCUCCUGUCUCUUCUCAUUGUCUGCUCAUCAGGCUCAGACAAGAAUUUUGUUCAAAAAGAACGUAAAGGAGCUGAUGAACAGACCUCCCAUUCAUCCAGCAGAAAACUAGUCACAACAACUCAACAUGACUUCAUGAAUCCCCCCAUCACAACAUUCCCCAACACUCCAGUAACCAAUCCAGUGACAACCCCAGCAACCGGCGCCGGGCCACCGUACACUCCCUCAUCGGGAAUAGUCACCAUCCCAUCCGCAAAUACAGGCACCGGAGUGCCAACUCCAAUCACAAAUCCAGAUAAUUCUCCAAUGCCGGUAACCAAUCCUGUCACCACUCCCAGCACCACGAUUCCAGGGGGCCAACCGGCAACCACUUAUCCGGCUCCAACAGACAGUGUUCCUGCCACAAUUCCAGUGGUGCCGCCUCCCAUGACGGGCAAUGCACCGGCUGUGCCAGGGCAGAGCUGGUGCGUGGCGAGGAGUGGAGUGCCGGAGACGACUCUUCAGGCUGCACUUGAUUAUGCUUGUGGAUUUGGAGGUGCAGAUUGUUCAGCAAUCCAGGAGGGUGCUAGCUGCUACAAUCCCAACAGCCUGCAGUAUCAUGCUUCAUAUGCCUUUAAUAGCUAUUACCAGAGGAAUCCAGUGCAGACUAGCUGUGACUUUGGUGGCUCUGCUGCGAUAACCAAUGCCAAUCCAAGCACCGGUUCUUGCAUUUUCACGACAUGGUCGUCCUCAUCAUUGUCACCAACAACAACGUCCCCAGCCACGACCACUCCAAUGCCCACUCCAACUACAGAGUCUUCAUCUGGAGCAACACCAGCAGUUUCAGGAACUCCUCCAGCCUUCAUGAACACGAACAAUCCAGCCCUUGGAGGCGGCAUCACAGGAUACGGUGAUAGCCCGCCUAUUGCCAACAUGUCUUCAGUUUCCACGUCGAGCAGUUUGCAGGCGCCCUUCAUCGGCUGCAUUGUUGUGGUGACAUCAAUCAUCACAGGGACGAUUGUUUUGGACAUGUAGAGGCAAUCAGUUGAUCAUCACAAGUUAAAUUACUCGAGACGUACAUAAAGUUUUGGACUGUACAGUUGUUUGCAGGAUACGUUAGUAACAAGAAUUUCCAGUUCAGUUCUCACAGUAUGAUCAAAUAAAAUUAUCAAUCUGAUUAAA